AUGGAUAAGUCUUGGAUUCAUCAUCACACUAGGGGAAGUGUAAAGUAUUUUGAUGGCAUACAUGACUUCAUUGAUGUGGCUAGGCGUCAUGCAGAAGUAGACGAUAGGUCCCGAUGUCCAUGUCGUCGUUGCAAAAAUAGGACUUAUCAUCAAAUUGAAGAAGUUAAGCAGCAUCUCUUGAGAAAUGGGAUGGACAAGGGGUAUACCAAUUGGAUAUAUCACGGGGAGGCUCGUCAAAGCAACAAUAAUGUUAAUAUUGAUGCUAAUGUCAGUAGGGAAAAUGUCCACGAUGAAGAUGGAAAUGUAGAUAAUGUGUUUGAAUUGUUGGAUAACAUACAAAUGGGAAACUUCACUAAUGCACCACAACAAGAAGAUUCGCCUGAAGUUGAUGUUGGAGGAGGAAGCUUUGAUAGAUUGUUAAAUGAUGCACAAUGUGAAUUGUGGCCAGGUUGUGAAAAAUACUCUAAGUUGUCAGCGAUAUUAAAGUUGUUCCAUGUGAAGGUUACAAGCCGAAUGAGCAACAAAUCAUUUGACAUGAUGCUUGAUGCAUUUAAGGAUAUGCUUCCCGAUAAUAAUGUGUUACCAAAGUCUCAUUACGAGACUAAAAGCUUGUUACGAGACUUGGGUCUCGGAUAUGAUUGUAUACAUGCAUGUAAACAUGAUUGUGUUCUAUUUUGGAGGGAAAACGCAAGUAAAGAAAAUUGUCCACAAUGUGGUGAAUCGAGGUAUAAACCUCACGAAGGUAAGGGUAAGAAAAUCCCUCAAAAGGUUCUCUGGCACUUCCCAUUGAAAUCAAGACUUCAACGGUUGUUUAUGUCAAAGGAUACAGCCUUAGAUAUGCGGUGGCAUAAGGAGAAACGUGUGAAGGAGACAAAUGAGUUAAGACAUCCAGCUGAUUCAAAAGCUUGGGAAGAUUUUGAUAGUAAGCAUAGUUGGUUUGCUGCUGAUCCUCGUAAUGUUCGUGUUGGAUUAGCAACUGAUGGAUUCAAUCCAUUUGGAAAUAUGAGCAAUGCGUAUAGUAUGUGGCCUGUGAUAAUUGUGCCUUACAAUUUGCCACCUUGGAUAUGUAUGAAGGAGCCAUAUAUAUUUAUGUCGUUGCUUAUUCCUGGUCCAACAUCGCCUGGUAAUGAUAUUGAUGUGUACAUGCAACCUUUGGUUGAAGAGUUAAAAGAAUUGUGGCGGGAUGGUGUGAUGACAUAUGACGCGUACAGUAAAUGUAACUUUAAAAUGCAUGCGGCAAUGAUUUGGACCAUUAGUGAUUUUCCCGCCUAUGCGAUGGUAUCUGGAUGGAUGACAAAGGGUUAUCUAGCAUGUCCGAUUUGUAACAAAGAAACAUGUUCUUGUUUUUUGAAACACGGACGUAAGAUAUGCUACUUGGGAAGUCGUAUGUUUUUAUCGUUAGAUCACAUUUUCAGAAACCAUCACAAGCAAUUUAAUGGCAAAAGUGAAGACAAAAGGCCACCAAAGCAGUUGACGGGUGAUGAUAUUCUAGAACAACUUAACCUCAUACCCGAGGUUAGUUUCGGAAAGGGGCCAAAUAAAAAGAAGCGAACUCGUGAGGAAUUUGAACUUAACUGGACGAAGAAGAGUAUUUUCUUUGAACUACCUUACUGGAAGACCAUUUUGUUGCGGCACAACCUGGAUGUUAUGCAUAUAGAGAAAAAUAUAUGCGAUAGUGUGUUGGGGACAUUAUUGGACAUUGAAGGGAAAACUAAGGACACAUUCAAAAGUCGGUUGGAUUUAGAAGCAAUGGGGAUUAGAAAAGAACUCCACCUGAGACGUAAUGGUGAAAAAUUUGAGAUGCCACAAGCGCGCUACACAUUGUCAAAGAAUAAUAAAAGACAACUAUGUGAAUGGCUAAAAUCAGUUAAGUUUCCAGAUGGCUAUGCAUCGAACAUAAGUCGGUGUGUGAAUGUUAAUAAUUGUAAGAUAUCUGGAUUGAAAAGUCAUGAUUCACACGUUCUCUUACAACGUCUCCUCCCUAUUGCUAUACGAGGAUUCUUAAAUUCAGAUAUUUGUAACACAAUAGCUGAGCUUGGUUUAUUCUUCAAGGAAUUGUGUUGUCGAACUGUCAAAGUGGAUGUCUUAGAGGCAAUGGAAAGGGACAUUGUUGUUAUACUAAGUAAGUUAGAGAUGAUAUUUCCUCCGUCAUUUUUUGACAUUAUGGUGCACUUGGCUCUGCAUUUGCCGCGUGAAGCCAUCAUCGCAGGCCCUGCACAAUAUCGAUGGAUGUACCCGAUUGAAAGAUUUUUGCAUACUCUCAAAUUGUACGUCCGCAACAAAGCACGUCCGGAAGGGUCCAUUGCGGAAGCUUACGUGGACGAUGAGUGCCUCACAUUUUGUUCAAAAUUUCUUGGAGGGAUUGAGACAAGGUUCAAUAGAGAAGAAAGAAAUAGUGAGGGGAACUACAACAAUAAUUGGUCCACAUUUUAUGAUCUAAAGCAAGUAGUUCGACCGAUAGGAGCACAAAGUUUGGACAUAUUGCCCCGUGCGGACAUAGAGAUGGCUCGAUUGUACGUUUUACAGAAUUGUGAAGAUGUUUUGUCAUAUGAAGAGAUUGGUACCGGUGUACAUAAAGAUACCUAUUUCACAAGUGUAAAUGUAGCCAGUAGAGCGUACAAAAAUCAGCCGUUUGUGUUAGCAAAUCAAGCAUUGCAAUGCUUCUAUGUCAAAGACAAUAAAUUACAAGGGACGUGGGAGGUAGUUCAAGAUAUAACAAGUAGAAGCUCGUUUGAUGUACCUGAAAAAGAGGGUGAAACAGGAGUAUAUGAUGAAAUGCUCAACACUACAGCAUACCAAGAGAGCGAACCAAGCAUCGUGGAUGGAGUUGUUGAAGCGGACUUGGACAUGGAUCCAUUCCCUUUGAACAGGGACGAUUUGGAGGGUGAAACUCUUGAUGCUGAAAUGAUUCAAAAAUGUAGGGGUGAAGCAGCCAUUAAUGAUGACUUUUGGGAUGUUGAGAAUGAUGAAGCUCUUGACAUUCAAUAUAGUUCAGAUGAGGAACCAGAAUUAAUGUCUGAAGAUGAUACUGAUAUGGAUGACAUGUGA